GCAUUGUACACAAACAAAAAUUAAAUGUGCGAUGCAAGGGAAAAAAUGCAUUUAAAAACAUGGAUGCCACAAAAAAGCCGUUUCUAAUACCGCCAGAGUUUUUAGCGUAUGCAGAAAAACAUGAAAUAUUUGGAAUAUACGAGCGACUUCUAAAAAAUCUUAUAAUAACACAACCUGAUGAUCCUUUGCAAGCAACAAUAAAUUGGUUAAAAGAACCAGAAGAUGUUUUACAGGUAUGCAUUUUAGGACCACCUGGUGUUGGUAAACGAACUAUUUCUCAAGAUAUUUGUAAAGCUCAUGGCUGCAUAUUUAUUUGCAGAGAAGAUAUUUCAGCUCUAUCUGAUGAAGGUGUUGUUGAAGCUAUUCAGAAAAGAAUAUCUAUGGAUGACUGUUUAAUGAAGGGAUGGUUACUAGAUGCUUUGCCUGAAAAUAGAGAACAGGCAUUAAAGAUGCAAGCAGUUGGAAUUUAUCCAAAGCAUGUUGUUCUUCUAGAAGCUCCUGAUAGAGUAUUGAUUGAAAGAGUUGUUGGCAAAAGAAUAGAUUUUUUAACACAUGAUGUUUAUCAUUUGACUUUUAAUCCUCCAACAAAAGAAGAUGUUAUGCAAAGAUUGGUUGUUGAUCCUGAGUCUGCCGAAGAUAAAAUGUUAGCACGAAUAAUAAAAUAUCAUCGUACAAUAGAUGGUAUAGCUAAUUGCUAUAGUGAUGUUCUUAAGAAUGUAAAUGCUGAUCAACCUAAAGACGACGUGUUAUCUCAAACUUUAGUGCAUUUAUCCACUCGCCAACGAAGCAAUGCUCCUUUUACUCCAAGAGUUUUGUUCCUCGGACCACCUGGAAGUGGAAAAUCUUUACAGGCUGUUAUGCUUGCCAAGAAAUAUAAUCUUGUGAAUAUUGAUUGCAAUGAAUUUAUCAAGCAAAAACUUAAAGAUGAUUCAAAGUUUGGUGAAGCAAUGAAACCAUUUGAAGAGCGUGGUGUCAAAAUACCUGAUGAACUGAUUGUUAAUGUUGUUCAAGAACGUCUUGGUUAUCUUGAUGCUGUGAAAAAAGGUUGGAUAUUGCAUGGUUUUCCAACAACAAGAAGUCAAGUUGACUUAUUAAAUAAAUCUGGCCAUGAACCUAAUCGAGUGAUUGUUUUUGAUAUCUCUUGUGAUGUAGCUAUCGAAAGAUUAUCUCUGCGUACCGUUGAUCCAGUGACUGGGCGCAGAUAUCACAUUUUGUAUAAUCCUCCAAACUCAAAUACAGUUAAAGAACGAUUAAAAACACAUCCUAACGACGAAGAAAGCGCCGUUUUAAAGAAAUACGUAGACUAUCGAGAAUCGUUAGAUGACGUAUUAGAGUUUUAUACUUCAGCUAAUGUUAUAAAUGCAGACCAAGAUGUGCAAUCGGUAUUUGAAUGCAUUGAAACCAUAUUAGUUUAUCCAUUACCAAAAAUGCUAAAGUAACUUAAUUGUUAAGGUUUUUCAAUUUUAAUUAUUUUGAAAACUUUUAAUUGA